AUAAUCAUAAUCAUAAUCAUAAUGACUAGAAGCCACACACAAAAUUUAAUAUCUAUGUUUCUUACUCUGUUCUUUCUGCAGCUGGAUCAUCAACAGGACAGGCACUGGAGAAACCAAAGUACUGUGAAUGAGUUUGUCUUGCUGGGAUAUCAUGAUCACUCUGUCCUGCUAUUCAUAGUCGUCCUGGCAAUCUAUCUGACCAUUCUACUAGGAAAUGGUCUGAUUGUGAUGGUGACCACCAUAGAUCCUGCCUUGCAUACUCCUAUGUAUUUCUUCCUCCGCAGCCUCUCUGGACUAGAGAUGUGCUAUACCUCAGUCACCCUUCCCAAGAUGAUGGCCAGUCUGGCCACUGGAGACCACUCCAUUUCUCUGCCAGCCUGUGCCUCUCAAAUGUUCUUCCUGAUUUUCCAAGGUGUAACUGAGUGUCUCCUCCUGGCAACCAUGGCCUAUGACCACUAUCUCGCUAUCUGCCUGCCACUGCGCUAUAUGACCAUAAUGAGCCAAAGGAUGCAGAUAGGUCUGGUGGCCAGCUCAUUUAUCAUCAGUCUACCAAUGCAGUUGGUGCAAAUUGCACUCAUCUUUUCCCUGCCAUUCUGUGGGCCCAAUGAGAUAGACCACUUCUUCUGUGACAUCCCACCCAUUUUGAGCCUAGCAUGCGCUGAUCUCUAUGCUAAUGAGUUGGCUAUAUAUAUAGAAGACACAAUGUUUGUAUUGGUUCCAUUUGUGGUCAUCCUGGCUUCCUACAUAUAUAUCACGAGGACUAUACUGCACAUGCCAUCAGCUACAGGUCGUCAGAAAGCCUUUUCUACUUGUUCAUCACACGUGACUGCGGUGAGUCUUUUCUAUGGCUCUGCAAUGUUUUCAUACAUCCUUCCCAAGACCCCUGAUUUCAUCAAAGUUGGCAAGUUACUGUCGCUCUUCUAUACAGUCAUCAUUCCUCUCUGCAAUCCUCUCAUCUACACUCUGAGGAACAAGGAGGUGAAUGCUGCUUUGCAAAGAUUGUUGUGCAAUAAAAGAACUUCUGAAAUGGGCAUGGAGUCAAAUUAAGAACAUAAGUUAGUUAUCUCCCAUGUUUUCAUUCUGUCCAACAUACCUUGUAUGCAUUUCCUUGACUUUUGGUUUGAGAAAAGAAAAUGCAGAAACCUUAAUGAUAAUGGCCAAAAUGAUAUUAUGAACCUGUUUGGCAUGGCCAGUAAUUAUGAUCCAAAAUGGGGGUACCCAUACAUACUCAUAGAUCUAUCUUUUGGGGUUGUACCUCUUCUCAUAUAGUCUAAACUUUGUAGGUAGUUAAUUUACUUAACUUACUAAAGUAUUGGAUGUUUGCCUCUUAUAUGCAUGACAACCAUCCAGAGUCCCUUUGGGGAGAGAGGACAGUCUAGAAAUAAAGUUUAUUUUGUUUUAUUUUUUAAAAUAGUCUUUAUUAAAGAUUUUUAGUACAUAUUAAAAAAUAUGGGGGAAGGGAGAGGGGGAAGUAGGAAAAGAAGGGGAGAAAAAAGGGGGUAGGAGGGGAUAGGGCAGGUGAUAUGGGGGGAGGGUGUUAAGGAGGUGAAGGGGUUGGGGUAGGAAGUGGGAGAGGAUUAAAAAAGAAAAAAAGAAAGAAAAAUAUUUACUUCCAAUUCACUUUCGGAAGGUGUGUUUCUUGAGUUCAAUAUCUUCCUCUUUUCUCUUCAUUCACUUCUUCUGUCUUUUUUUACAUGUUCUUUCCUUCAUGUUUCGGGUGAGGGUUCUAUCGCUUUUGGUUCUUGCUAAUCAUUUCUAUUCUUCUUUGGGGUUCCCUUUGUCUUUUGUGGCAAGAUAUUUCUCCACCUGUUGCCAAUUACUUUCCUUCCUUGGUUUUCCCUGGUACUUAGCUGUUAGGUAGGUUAAUCUAUCCAUGUUUUUAUUUCAAUUACUUUGAUUAGCCACUCCAUCUUAGAGGGGAUUUCUUUUUUCCUCCAAUAUCUAGCAUAUGUAAUUCUAGCCGUCGUAAGAUAUGACAUUAUUUUUUCUUCGUUUGAUCCUGGGGGAGUUUUGGGUAUGCCCAAUAAAUAUGUUUCUGGUAAUUUUGCAAAUUUAUUUUCUAAGAUUGUCUGGGUACGUUCAUGAAUCAUGGACCAAUACUCUUUUGCUUUCCUACACCUCCACCAGAGGAGCCCCCAGUGGCCUAGGGGAUAAAAGCCUCGUGACUUGAAGGUUGGGUUGCUGACCUGAAGGCUGCCAGGUUCGAAUCCCACCCGGGGAGAGUGAAGAUGAGCUCCCUCUAUCAGCUCCAGC